AUGUCGUGUGGAAAUAAGGGACUGUUUUUGUUGAAACAUGAAUCGCAGAGUUCCUUAAUACAGUCAUUUUGGUUUGGAAAAGCACUUCAGAGAGCAUAUAAUGAGGGGAAAGCGCUAGCAAACGUAAAUUCAGUGAAUGAAAAUGGCGAAUUUGUGAACCCAACUGAACACAAAGAAACAUCACUUUCAAGAAAUGUGCACAAGUUAAUCUGCGAAUCCUUUGAACAGCGGGAUGAUGCUGUCAUCUCAUGCACAGAAUGCAGUAUCACCAGUGCUGAGAUUGAGAAUUUGGAGAUAUGGGUGAAAAUAAGUCGCCUACUUCGAGAAGGUACUGCAAGAAACCUGGUCUGUAGAUAGCUGUUCAAAUGCAUAUAUGUGUCAGGGAUGUAGCUGAGGAAAAACUAAGCAGGCUUUUUUAUCACUCAAGCUGUCUUUCUUACUCAACAGCAGCUUCAAAAUCACCCCACGUGUUUUUUUCCAGAGCAAUUUGAGCUGGUGGUAAGGUCUUUUUCAGCCAGUGAAAUUAGCCGCCAGUCUAGACUUGCUGCAAGUCGACUCGACCUCUCAUAAGCAAAGUGAGUGAGAAAAAGCAAGUGAAGCAAGCUUCAAAGGGGUCGCACAGCGACCGAGCGAGUGACAAAAAAAUUUAAAGGACUUUUAGAAAGUCUUACCACCAGCCCCAAGGGGAUACUUACUCACCAAAAAAGUUAAACAGGGUGGCUCCACCCCAACAUACAACCCCUCUCCCUUUUAAGUACCAUUUUGACAGAAAAAGUACCCCUUUCGUUACCUUCCAUUGAAAAAUGGCACCCUUUUAACAUGCCUAAAGUCAAAGCUCCCCUUACUACCCCUCUGGUAAGCGACCACCUCUGGUUACGACCACCUUUGUGAAACCCUGUUUGAACUGUGACUUAAACUUUGUCAUGAAAAGCUCUCAUAAGCAACCGCUUCCAUAAGCGACGGUGACCACUUUUGGGAUUAUCCAAUUGGACUUUUCCUUUGUUUUUAAGCUCUCGUUAGCGACCAGUCAGAGUCUUAUUUACGAAAAAAUACAUUGUUUAAAACACAAACUGCGAGUUUAUUGAACUCAUUGUUGCACUGAUAUUUAUAUUUGGGAUUAUUUUGGUCUAAAAUAUUGGAUGUACAGGUUAGCCAUGUCUAUAUCAGAUAUAAAGACACUCCUUAAACAUUAAUUUCUUUUGUUUUUCUCUUUAUGAAUUAUUGAUGAGUUUCUGAAGUUCUCGUAAGCGACCAGCUGUAGUAAUGGAUCUUGUGAAAUUUGUGCACCCCUCAGUAGAAUAUCGGUCAACACUAUCGGCUGAUACUCGAUCAACAUAUCGACCGACUCCCAGUCACUCUCUCAGCCGACAUUGGUCGGCCGAUAUGUUGAGCAAUAAUCAACUGAGAGUCAGCCAACCUGUCGAGCAACAGAUCAGCUGAUAGUGUUGGUUGGUAUGUUGACCACUACCGAUAUGCAGCCAAUACUUCACUGAUACUUAGUCAACAGUAUAAUUAUUUUUGGUCUACUCAAAUUUUUGUUAUUACAUUGUCCAUGCAGCAAGUUUUAAGGAGCACGAGUGUGUGCACGAUUUUUUUUGAAAAAAAUAGGGAGAAAUAUGGCACCGCCUUUGAGAGGUAUUCAAGGACAAUCUAACGUUAUAAAACGUGUGGACCAAUGGCAUAUAUCUAACAAGUUGACGUGGCGAGGCUGACAUGGGAUGACAUCAACAACAGAACAGAAACUAUAGUGCUGACCGAUACUCAACCGAGGGUUGAGGGGUGUCUUUCAGAAGAAAGGAUAAUCAGCUGCAUGAUAGAUUUUCCUACUCUUUCAUAUAUUUGAACUCACUAAUUCCCUACCCUUUGAUAUGCCUAAAGCCCGAAAUAGGUACACCUUUCGGGCGGAGGCUCCAUGUAUAGGCCAUUAUAGGGAGUGCAUUCCCCACCCUGCCAGCAGUCGGCUCUGCAUGGUUCAAUUCUACCUGUUACAGGCAUCCUUUGUCAGUUGUCUUUGGGGCUGUUUGAGCGAUCAUGAAAUGCAUUUGGCAAAUUAUGAAUUUUAAUGACAGAAUGAGCAUCAUUCAUUAUAUUGUGUGAGCUCAGCCAUGCAUUUAUAAAUUGUCAUCAAAAUGUUUUCUUGGUCUCUAGAUAUUACCACUGUGGAUGCUUCAAACUGUGAUUAUCCUGAGGCUGUGAAAAGAUUACGUCCAAUGUGUUGUGCCAUUCAUCAAUUUUUCAUAAACCUGGAGCAACAUGAAUUCGAACAAAGCUACAAAGAGAACUUAGAGUGGACUGCAUGCAUUGAUAGAUUUAUAAACUGCUUUAGUUUACUCAAGUCCUCUCACCCUGCAGAUCAUAACUUGUGCCUUUUAUUGUUAACAUCCUCACUGGAACAUGCCCUAGGUGAUGUGUAUCUAUCCUAUUCUGGUGCCAAACAGUGCCCCUCUUUAUUGAAGGACUUACUGACUACACAAGAGCUAAAGGAAGUAUUUGGUGAUGCUGUUAUCACCUUGCUUCACAUUUUAAUUGGUCCACCUACCAGUCUCAAUCUUAGGAACGUUCUGUGGCAUGGAUUUGCUGCACCUGGAGAAGUGCCUACUCAGUAAGUGCCAUCUUGGUGGUAACAAGUACAGUUAUGUCACCUACUUUUAAUUUAUAGUCCCUUAGGCCAAGGUAAAAGGUCACUCUUCACAUAUGCCAAACCUUAUGCUAAGGAGCAAACUCUAUUGUUCUUGUUUACUGCAUGUUUGUCACAUUCUUUUGUGGCAAACAGACACUUUUGCUGGCGCUCUGCGUUUCUGCAUUCAUGAGUUCGUAUUUCCUGAAAGGAUAACUCACCUAGAUUAGCAUAGCUACCCGCAGGCAUGUUAAAAUAACGUAUUUCAAUCUUGAAAACAAAUAAAAUGUAUGUAUGUAUAUAUGUAUGUUUGGUGCAUGUGAAUUUUCAAGUUUGACUCAGGUGUAAGCUAUUUUUACCACAAUAAUUAACUCCAUUAUGAAAAUGACCACUGAUUUUAAGACAGAAAGUGACAGGCAACUAAACUGAACACCAUCAUAUAAUGUGAAUAUUUUCAUUAUGUGUUUCUUUUAUCGUUAGGUAUGCCUCAUUAUUGUUGUUCAUUACUGCAUCUCUAAGCAACAAGUUGAAAGAUGCCCCAUUCUCUUCAAGAGUAUUAAUAAGAAGACCUUUACUGAGAUUAUCUGGUUGCACUGGGGAAGACAACAGCAUUUUCCCUUCUUUGGAACCAUCUAGUAUUCAGGAGAUAUCUGACUUAUUUUGUGCAAGUUUCUUUAUUAUUCCAAGCAUGCUUCCUCUGUGGCUUAAAGCAGUGGAUUAUUUCUUGAUACAAAGGUACAAGUAGUACUUGUAAUCACAGUCGUUAUUUACACUGUUUACUGCACUAAUUUGCAAUCAUCUAAAUAUGUUUUUAAUAGUCAAUAUUUCCAUUUUUCUAACAAGAAUCCUGUAUCUCCUCUUCCCUAAUGGUUCCCUCCCCAUCUCUAACAGACGGUUCCUUCCUCUCAUUCACUAUUGCUCCUUCCCCCUUCUUUAAUGGUUCCCUCCCCCUUCUCUAAUGUUCCCUCCCCUGUCCAUCACUUACAUGUCUUUUGUCUUUUUUUUUUUUACUAAUAGUCCCCUCUCUUCUCAAUGGCUCCUUAAUCUCCCCUUCUAUAAUUAGUUCCCUUCCUUAAUACCCUAUGACUUACAGUCCCUCCUCCCUUCUCUUUUGUUGCUCCCUCCACUCUUCUCUAUGGCUCCUUUAUUUUUUCUUAUGGUUUGCUUCUUUGUGCUUGCUUCUCUCCUACGCCCUUUCCUUUCUCUUCGGGAAAGCCCUCAUAGCAAACAUUUCCAUGACUCUUGUUCUUUGCUCCGAAGCUGCACAAAAACGUUUGCUACACAGCCUAUCUUAGGGAUCCCUCUCUCCUAAUUAAGUCUACGUGCCUUUUCUCUAAUGGCCUCCUUCUUAGCUCUUUCCAUCAAGUUUGUUAAUUAUUAUAUUAACUAUUACUGGUUUAUACCCUGCAGAUUUGACUUGUGCAUUGUUCUGCUACUGCCUCAAUUAGAGCAUGGCUUGAGACGAGUAUUUGCUUGUGUUAAUAAUUGUCCAUCUAGAGCACUGACCGCAGAGUCUACAGUAUUGUAUACCACGUUUGAUGAGGUAAAUAAACAUAUUUCCUUAGAUUUAUUUAUUAAAACUCUCUGGCAAAACCAUACACCCAAGCUUAUUAAAAUAAAUGGACAGCUUAUCAGGAGUCACCUGUUCUACACCAAAAAGGUUGAAAAUGGCAGUAUUUUUUUUCAAACUGCAAAUGUAGGAAAGACAUUCUGAAAUUCUUCUUGGCCAAGUUGUAAUUUUUGUACCCUGUAAUUUGUUUACCCACGGAGACUUGAUAGGAGCCCUCCUUGUGCCUUCUUCUGGACCAAUGCCAGGGCUAGCUGGAGCUCUAGUCUUAAGCAUUUAUUGAUACUAAGAGCUUAAUUUUGAUGUAACUCAGGGUUUUUAUACAUGGAGGACAUGGGGGAGAUGAGUGGAAAACCAAUACAACACUGUAUGUGGGGUUGGGGUUUUUUGUUUGUCUUCAUAUGUCUGUCCACCAUUAAUUUAUUCAGGGUUGUCAGUAAGUUUUGAAGUAGACAGCUGAGUUGUCAAAGUGAGCGGCCAGUCCAGGGAUAUUUAUUAAUUUAAAAAAUGCCAUCGGUAAAGAAAUGCCAAGCAGAAUAGCUGGCCGAAACUAACCAAGUAGGCGGCGAUUUUUGCCAGCAGCUGGCUACUUUUGACAACCCUGUUUUAUUAUUAAAUUAUGAUUCUUAUCCUUCCAAAUUACCCAGAAUUACAUAAUAUAAUUUAAUUUGAUGGCACUGAGGACAUGAAAUUGUGCCCUUAGCAUGUUUUUGUCCAUUUUUCUUGUUAGAUUCUUUCACCAGUUUUACAAGAUGGUUCUGACAAUCUUUUGAGACAAGAAAUAGGAGAAGGCCAUUUGGAAUUGUUGCUUGAUGUUCUUGUUCAUCAGGAGGGACCAAGGAUUAGGGACCACAUAAGUCAUGGAGAAGUUAAUCUGCAGGAAAUCUCACAAGAAUCAGCCAAUCACAUUUUAUGCCUAUGCAUCGCGUUUGCAGGAUUGUACCUUUACCCAGAUAAAAUCAACCAAGUCAAUGGUGAUUACCUAUUUCCAAUCAGUAAAAGAAUUUGUGAAAUAGCAAGAAGUUACAAAUCACGCUUUCAUCCAGUUUCUCUUGCAAGAAAGACUGUGUGUAAACUAACACUUUCUUUAUUAAAAUGGCAGGAUUUACCCAAUCCAUUUCUGGAUGAAUUCAGUGGUUUAGAGAGCAGUGAUGAAAAAUUGUCUACACAGAUUGCAGAUGCCACAAGAGUUUGGGAAGAGUUAAUAACAUCAUUGUCUGUAGAUAGUGUGUCCAAGCUGUUUCCACUUCAAUUUGAUUUGGGAAAAGUUAAUACAUUUGUUGAAGUUGUGGUAGAACUCUUGAACAUGGCACAAUUUCCUACCCUGUACAGGCCUAAAGAGGAAAUAGAGGUAGCUGUCUUACUAAGGAACAUAGCACAGCAUGGAAUUGUAAUUUCUGGACAGGUCAGUAGGAACACACUUCAUCUGUAGUCUGUAGGGUUCCUCAUCAAAGGUUUCUUAUAACCAAAUGUGGUAAAUAUUUAGUAAAGUAAAGAGGUGUUGUCUCAAAAAUUCAAAUUUGUAAAUUUAUGAGAUUGGUUGCCAUAUUCAGAAAGAACAAGUGUAAAUGGGUAGGGGGUUAUAAGCACCAUUAUGCUCUGAUGCCUCCAUACAAUUUCUUUUAAAAUAGGCCUGGAUUGUAACAUUUACAUUCCUGGCUUAUUUUAGACUUAAGACCUAUAUGGAGUCACUGGAGCAUGAUGUUGCUUAAUAUAUCUCCCCACCAAUUUAAUUUGCUGUAAAUAAACAACCUCAGUUCAAAGUAAGGUUUUUCUUUUUCAGCCAUUAUUUAUGAAUAGAGAUUUUGUGGUAGUUUUUAACUUUGGUAAUUGAUUGAGAAUAGUAACUAUUUCAAGGUAUACACACACUCAUUAAAUGUCAAUUUGUUUAAUAUUUUCCUUGUGGAUAAAAUUUGUUAAUUAAUUUUACAAGGAAGAAAAAUAGAAUGCUGAAGAUUUGGUUGUCUUUUCAACCAGAUCUGUGAGACAGCCUCAGUGAGAUUUGAACAGUGGCAGAACAGGCAGCUAAGACAGCGACAAAGGACAAACUACAAACGACUGUGGUCACAGGUUCCACUCAUAUUUGUAGCCCUGCAGUUUAUUGUCAUCAUCAUUAUCAUAGAACUGCUUCAACUGCCAAAGAACAGAGAUCAAAGUAACAGGAAUACUUUCAUCAGGUAAUAAAACUGCAGCUUUAUUUUUUGUAACAUGAUUCAAAAUCAAUUGAUCUAAACCCAUUCAAGUAAAAGUAAAAAAACAUCCAUAAAAACAAAGAUUUAUUUUUAAGCGUCAACAUUACUGUGGAUACAAUAUAAAGAGUAAAACUAGCUAAGUAGUUUCUAAAUCACUAGCUAGAAUCAUGGCAGUUUUGUUUUAGUACAUUUAUUUACAAAGUUUUCUGUCCUGGUAACCCGCAUUAAAUCACAGAAUGACUUCUUAUGUUUUCCACAAAACAGAGUCUAUUAAGUAAGUUUGUGAAUUUACAUGCAUGUUUGGAGACAACAACAACAUGACAUAGAGAUUAUGACUUGCAAAUGUCACCUUUGUUUCCAAAACAACAAGCAGUUACUUUGGUAAUUGUGAAGAAGAACUCCCCAGAAAACCUGUCGGUCAACUGUCGGCCGACACAUUACCGACAGUUUACCGACAGGCUACCGACAGCUAACCGACAGGCUACCGACAGUUUCCCAAAGAAGAAAAUUGUUGAGAAAACACGCAUUAAACAUGACAUAGAAACGAUAAUAAUCUCGAUAGACAUCACUUACUUACCGAUCGAUGGUAAAACGAUUUCUUCCGACAUGUUUAUAGAAAGCUUUUGAAAUGCGAAAUGGAUAUAUUAUUCGCAAAAGACAACAAGGCAAUCAAUGAAAUCAGUCGACUGACAGGUUUUUUGGGGACGUCUUCUUCACAAUUACCGUUACUUUAAUUUAUCAUUAUUUUUCACACAUUCUUGCAGGUUCCUCAAGCAAUGUCUUCAGUGUACAGAGAACAUGGAAUCUCUAUCCAGCACAACCAAAAACCGAUGGGAUGAAUGUAGUACUGCAGCAAAGAUGUUGGUGGAGUGUGUUGAACAUUAUUACGCCAAAAGAUGUGAAGUUGUGUCAUGAUUAUUUCUGUCUGUCAAAUAUAAGAUCAAGAAAGAAAACAUAAAGUUCAUUAUCACCCAAAAUGUUACAAAUUAUUUGCUUAUUCGCAAGAACUGCUUUCUUUGUUUCAGACUAAAGGUGCUUUGAAAUUCACAACACUUCCUGUUUCACCAGUAGCAAAUCCUUCUCUUGCAACAGUCUCAGUGACUCCGAAAAUUUUUAAGGUCUUCAUUUGCCUGUUUCACAGCAAGUUCUAGAUAUAAAGGGAUGUUUAGUGUAGCAGAUAUUCUUCAAAUAGCAGAUGUUAUCCAUCAAGUUGUAUUCUUGCUGUUCUUGCUAUGCUUUUAGGCAGUAAUUCAGCUAUUUCUUCUACACAAAACAUGUGAACUGUUAGAUGCCAUUUUCUACUAGUCUACAAAAACUAAGCAACCUUAUCCCCAGGACUUCUUGGUUGCGAUCCCUUUUUCUGGUACCCUGUACUAUUUGAUGUCAUAGUUCAGGAUAUCACGGACAUCUUCCAAAUUUGGUUAUCAAGAAUUAGCCAUGGGAUUUGAGCCAAUCAGAAAUGGAGAAAUAUUAAUGAAUGGAUGAUAAUAAACAUUAGU